AGAUGAACAAUGACCAUAGUUGACAAGACCUCUGAGUCCUCAAAGCCUUCGGCUUCUGAGAAGCAGCCUUUUAGCUCCGUAGCACCAGCUUCUGGAGAUAUGGACUCGGGCUCUGCUGGAUGGGGUGCUGUGUCAUCUUCCUUAGAAGCUCCGAAACACAAAAACUCAUUGGGACCAGUUCCAGGAGCUGCUGUGUAUUCAAAUUCAUCUGUACCUGAUAAAUCAAAACCCUCCGCCCAGAAAGAUCCAUCUACUGGUGAUGGCAUCGCAGCACCCCAGAAGGUCCUUUUUCCAGCAGAAAAGAUAAGCUUAAAAUGGCAAAAAAUGCACAGAGUUGGAGCUGGUCUCCAAAACCUCGGCAACACGUGCUUCCUGAACUCUGCUCUGCAGUGUCUGACUUACACCCCUCCUCUCGCCAACUAUAUGCUUUCCCACGAACACUCCAAAACUUGUCAUGAGCAAGGAUUUUGCAUGAUGUGCACCAUGCAAGUCCACAUCACGCAGGCCCUUUCAAACUCCGGCAGUGUCAUCAAGCCAAUGCCUGUCAUAAACGAUCUUAGACGAAUAGCAAAACAUUUCCGUUUUGGCAAUCAGGAAGAUGCACAUGAAUUUCUACGGUACACUGUUGAUGCUAUGCAGAAAGCAUGUCUGAAUGGUAGUAACAAAUUAGACAGGCACACCCAAGCCACCACUUUCAUUCAUCAAAUAUUUGGAGGAUACCUCAGAUCUAGAGUAAAAUGCAUGAACUGCAAAGGAGUAUCAGACACUUUUGAUCCGUAUCUGGAUAUUACGCUAGAGAUCAAGUCGGCUCAAAGUGUUAAUAAAGCACUGGAGCAGUUUGUCAAGCCGGAACAGCUUGAUGGUGAAAACGCCUAUAAAUGUAGCAAGUGCAAAAAAAUGGUUCCUGCAUCAAAGCGGUUUACAAUACAUCGGGCUUCAAAUGUUCUCACCUUGUCUCUGAAACGAUUUGCCAAUUUCAGUGGUGGCAAAAUUACAAAGGAGGUAAAAUACCCUGAGUUCUUGGAUAUUCGGCCAUAUAUGUCCCAGCCAAAUGGAGAGUCCAUUAUUUAUGCGUUGUAUGCAGUUCUGGUCCAUACAGGAUUCAGUUGUCAUGCGGGUCAUUACUACUGCUAUAUCAAGGCCAGUAAUGGGCAGUGGUACCAGAUGAAUGACUCUACUGUCUCCAACAGUGACAUCAGAACAGUAUUGAAUCAGCAAGCCUAUGUGUUGUUUUACAUCAGGUCCCAUGACAUGAAAAAUGGUGGCGAACACAUUCACUCAGCUCAUACUCCAGGGCAAUCUUCUCCCCGCCCUGUGAUUAAUCAGCGGGUGAUCAAUAAUAAGCAAACGGCCCCAGGAUUUAUUGGACCCCAGCUCCCUCCCCACAUGAUUAAGAAUUCAAAUCAUCUGAACGGAACUGGAACCAUGAAAGAGGCUCCCAGCAGUUCGGUUGCGGUGGCUAGCAACGUCACCCUAACCAGGCCGUCUUCAGCUCCACCGGCCAUGUCCAUCCCCAACUGGUCCAUGAACAGGCCUGCCAACACCACGGCACCCGACCCUUCCAAAAAGCAAAAAUUCACCAUCAGUAUUCACAACAACAAGCUGCCUGCUCGCCAGAAUGUCUCUCACGCCAGCUGUACCUUGGAUCACCUCAACAAACCAGCUCCAUCCUCCACAAUUUCAAAUCCUUCUGCAGUGCAAUCUACCUCAAGCGCGUCUACAGUAUCGGCUGCUAACCAGGUCCCCAAACCGGCGGCUCCCAGCGAACCCUGUUCCAAGCUGGUGGUCAACGGCAAGUCCAAACUCAGCCCGAGCAUGUUGGUCCCUUACGGAGCAGAGUCUUCAGAAGACUCGGACGAGGAGUCCAAAGGGCUGGUGAAGGAGAACGGCCACAACAGCACAGCCUUCAAUGGCAUGUUAAUCGAGAACGCCGCCACUCCCUCAGAGAAUUUCUGUUCGCCCUGUCACAGUGCUGAAAAGGAGGCGCCGCAGCACGAGCCGCCCGAAAACAUUACCGUCGUCGUGUCUGUUAGUCUCAGCGAGGCCCCUAAACAAAAUGGAGAGAUAUGCAAUGACUCUGCUUGCCAAGCAAAGCCGGUGAAAAUGGGAGAAAACCUGUUUUCCAAAGCAAAUGGAUUGCCCGGAAAAGGUGUGUCUGCAGCUCUGUUGCCAGUCCCUGAAGACAGAAUCUUAGACUCUUUCAGAUACAGUCAGCUGAAGAGCUUGGCUGGGAAUAUAAGUGCCAGUGGGACAGAAAAAAAGGCAGAAGAUAAUGGCUCUUCUGAAGAGGUUCCCACUACCCCCUCCAGUAACCCCCUGCACCCGUUGGCCCCUUCGGACCCCGAAAUCACUUCUACGACAGAAGACUUUUGUGAAAGUUUUGCCCCUGAAACGGAGAGCCCGUCUCUGGAGAGCAGCAGGGAGCACGAGCCUCCCUCUAGUUCCCUGGAAACUGGGAAGGAAAUCCCAAGAGAGAACAACAUGGAGGACCACCCGGAGAAGACGAGAGGACCAAAAGAAGGGACGGUCGCUUGGGGAAAGAGUCCUGAGUGCACCGGAGAAGCCGCCGAAAAAGGAGCCCAAAGCCCUGUGCCAAGGUCCGACGGCGAAGGGAGCUCUCAGAAGCCAGCCACGCUAAAAAUGGCAGAGACCUGCCAGGAGACGCAGGCUGGCGUCGAAAGCUACGAAGAAGUCCCCGCUCCCGACCGUUCUUCUGCCAGAAGGCUGGAGCCCCCUGGAGAGAGUUCAAAGGAAAACAGCGACGUGGGAGAAAGGGGUGAACCAUUCAAAGGGAGCAUGGAAAGGCAAGAGCCAAAGCCCCAUUCUCCCUCAAAGGAGAAAGUCUGCACCUCCAAAAAAACAGACAAAGAGCACUAUCGUUCAAAAAGAAGGCAUUCGGAAAGUGAGGGGGAAGAGGAGGUGGCAGCCGCCUGGAGCCAGCCAGAGGGUCACCACGAGAAGAGGAGGUGCUCCUACAGCGGAGAGAAGCCAAGGACCCAGGAACAUUAUCGGCGUUCAUAUCACAAUGCAAACAAUCACAGAUCACCGUGUAGCCCCGAUCCUGGGAGGAACACGGGAAAAUACCCCCCUUACAGAUCACGCAGCAGAGGGAGAACGGAGCCCGAAAGAAGCAGGCAUUGUUACGGGAAGGGAGAAAGGUCGUGGAGUAGAGAAAGGUAUUACCAAGACCCGCCGAGGCGGUGGGAUGGCUGCAGGCCUUACAACUAUUAUUAUUCUUCCCACGUCCCCAGGUAUAACCAGGACAGAAAACCCACUCAUUGUGAGAGAGACUAUAGCAGGUCAAGUCAUGUUUACAGUAGCCCGUAUAAAUAUGAUUAUUACAAGAGCAGAUGGACUCAUGACCAGGGGAGGAAAAGGAGAUGCCAGGACAGUGAGGGCACCCCAGGAAAAAAACGCCAAAAGACCUUUCACAGUGAAUCUCCUGAUGAGCCAAAGGGGCGGAAGCACAAGAAGUCGAAGAAGAAGAAGAAGUUAAAAGAUAAAUACCGAGAAAAAGAUUACAGGCAUCACCAAGAUUCUGACCCGUCUGUGUCCAGCUCUGAGGCCGAGACUCACAAGCAUAAACAUAAGAAAAAGAAGAAAAAGAAGAAGAAGCAUACGAGGAAAUCCGGAGACGGCAAUGAAAUGCCACUUCCUUCCCUUCCCAAACCAACCAGUUUGGAAACCAACAAUCCGAAAACCUGGGAGACGAUGGAAUCUUCUUUGGACAGACGUGUCAAACGCAGGAGGACCCACCAAGAUGGAGAUGAUGCCGUUUGUCAGAAAAUAAAGAGUAUAGAAAGUAGCAGCAGGGAUGGCUCCUGCCCCUCGACAGAUCAUCGUAAUGUAGAUCCGGAGUGUCUGCUGGAAGCCGUUCCUCCACAGUUUGCAGUAUAUUUAUAAACCGAAAAGCGAUUAACUCUAAUUCAUAACUGGUGCUUCAGAAAUACUGUACAGGAUUUUACCAUGGAACCCCUUUCCCCCCUUUUUUUAGUUUUUACCUUAAGACGUUCUUUUUUUAAAAUUAUCAAAAGUCCAAAAACAAUAGCGAAAAUUAAAGGAUGGAAACUUUCUACAACUGCUGAACAUCAUAACAUUUACCCUGUAAAUGUCACAGUUAGAAUUAAUGCCCUGGAACAGAACAUCUCAAAUGCUGCUUAGUUACAGACUCAGGUUUGAUUGUGUUAUUCAUGUGAUGUUGCUCCAAGUCUACAGAGCUGGUGCAAAGGGGCGCGAGGACACCACCGAAUUAUCAAGCUGCAACUGAUAGUCUCUAUUUAAUUUAAAGAAUUAUUUAAAAAGAAUUCACACACAACUAGGAAUUUUUUUCUCCAAGAGCUUCAUCUGUUCUGUGAUGUCUGCUACUAGAAACUCAACUUGUUUUUUUGUGUGGUUUUUUUUGGGGGGGGGGGUUGAAUUCCAGUCUUAAGACUUUGGGAAACGUGACGUUCAGACUCUGCCAGUUUUUGAAUGUAUCUCAGAACAUGUCUGAAGACCCUCUUGUCACUUUGGCUGCUCCUCUGCAUAGGGCUGGCUGUCCGUACCACCAGGACGUCACCUGUGGACCAUCGCAGGGUGUUUUGAGCAGGCAGGCUCGUUGUCUUGCCCUUGAGAUGUCGGGUGGGCAGGGUUACGUCUCCUGCAACUGCCCGCCUUCCCCAAUCCCAUUUCCCCACUCUGGUCUCCCUUGCUCACUUGGCUGGGCUUUCCUUUAUUACCUAUGCAGGCCGCUUCCUUUCGCGAAUUCUUGCCCAUCUUGUGGCCUUCUCUUGCUUUUCUUCUUCCACUCGUUCUCCUGGCUGGUUCUUCCACACCUUUCCUCAGUUUACAUUCACUUCAUUUCCUGUCUCCUUUCUUCCCCUCUUCCAUCCUGCCGCUGCCUGCCUUGAACGUCCAGCUGUUCUGUGGCACUUUCGGGCUGCUUGGGCUCCCGUCAUUCCAGGGAUGCUUGCCAGCAUUUAAGAAUGACAAACGCAGAAAGCCCAAAGGCUAACGGUCCCCUGCAUCGGUCCGACAAUGGCCAGAAGAGCAGUUUCCAUCCUUCCAACUGUUUUUAACUUGUGUUUUUAUUUUACUAGAGUGCUGCUUGUCUUGACGGAUCUCAGUUGUCUUCUUGUCCCUUCGAAGUUUCUAGUUUCAGACAUAUUCAUACUGUGAUUUUUUUUUUAUAAUGAAAUGCUAUCAAACUGUGAUACACUUAAUUCACUGGUCCUGCAUCAGGAGACAGAGUGGGGAAUACUGUAUUAAAUACAGUUCAUCUGAAUAAUCUGUCUGGUUUAUACAAGCUGUGUUGUUCAGAGAUGUUUAAAGUUUGAUCUUUGUUUUUUUAAAGAUAAAAGCACUUGCCCCACUUGUAAAUAUGGCAUGUAAAAUUUAUAUAGUAUAUAAAUACAGCAAGUCAAAACAA